AUGAAUCAAAAUAGAACGGGUGGAGUAUCAAAAGUUAAAAAUAAAUCGGCAGCACCAGUUCAAAUUACAGCAGAACAAAUUUUAAGGGUAGCACAUGAAAAUCAACAAACUUUACCAAAAGCACCACCAAAACAAGUUAUAACGGACCAAGAAGAAUUAGAAGAUUAUAGAUUAAGAAAAAGACAACAAUAUGAAUCAUUACUUGGUAGAAAUCGAAAGACAGCAGCAAUCUAUAUAAAAUAUGCGGCAUGGGAAGAAUCACAAAAGGAUUUAACACGUGCAAGAUCAGUAUUUGAACGUUUCUUAGAUAUUGAUCACCGUAUUCCAACGGUUUGGAUUAAAUAUGCAGAGAUGGAAAUGAAAAAUAAAAAUAUAAAUUUAGCUAGAAAUAUUUGGGAUAGAGCAGUUUGUUUAUUACCAAGAGUUUCACAACUUUGGUUUAAAUAUACUUUUAUGGAAGAUAUGUUGGGUAAUUAUCCAGCUGCUCGUGCAAUCUUUGAACGUUGGAUGCAAUGGAAACCUGAACCACAAGCUUGGAAUUCUUAUUUAAAAUUUGAACAAAGAUUAAAAUUAUUUGAAAAUACAAGAUUAAUUUUUGAAAAAUAUAUAUUAGUACAUCCAUAUAUUAAAACUUGGAUAAAAUAUACAAAAUUUGAAGAAAGAUUAGGUAAUAUUGAAAAUGCAAGAACUAUAUUUCAAAGAGCAAUUGAAUUUUUAGGUGAAGAUGGUAACGAUGAACAAUUAUUUAUUGCAUUUGCAAAGUUUGAAGAGAAAUAUAAAGAGAUUGAAAGAGCAAGAGUCAUUUAUAAAUAUGCAAUUGAUCAUGUACCAAAGAGUAGAGCAAAAGAUUUAUUUGAUACUUUUACAAAUUUUGAAAAACAACAUGGUGAUAGAAUUGGUAUUGAAGAUGUUGUUUUAGGUAAAAAAAGAUUUCAAUAUGAAGAAGAAAUUAAAAAAAAUUCAAAAAAUUAUGAUAUUUGGUUCGAUUAUUUAAAGAUGGAAGAAAUUAAUGGUGAAAUUGAAAAAACUAGAGAAAUUUAUGAGAGAUCAAUUGGAAAUUUACCACCAACUAAUGAAAAGAAACAUUGGAAACGUUAUAUUUAUUUAUGGAUAAAUUAUGCAUUAUUUGAAGAGUUAAUAUCAAAGGAUAUGGAACGUGCAAGAUCGGUCUAUAGUGAAUGUAUUAAAUUGAUACCACAUAAAGAGUUUUCAUUCUCAAAGAUUUGGAUUCUAUAUGCAAAUUUUGAAAUUCGUCAAUUGAAUUUAGAUAAAGCACGUCUAAUAUAUGGUCAAGCGAUUGGUAGAAAUCCAAAGAGUAAAAUAUUCGAUCAAUAUAUUCAUUUAGAGAUUGAAUUGGGUAAUUUCGAUCGUGUACGUACAUUAUAUGAAAAGUAUUUAGAAAUUAUGCCUGAUAAUUGUGAUGCUUGGUGUAAAUUUGCUCAAUUGGAAACAGAGUUGGGCGAAACUGUUCGUGCUAGAGCAAUCUUUGAAUUGGCAAUUCAACAACCAAAUUUAGAUAGACCUGAAGUGGUUUGGAAAGAUUUUAUAGAUUCAGAAAUUCAAUUAAAACAAUUUGAUUUCGUUAAACAAUUAUAUCGUAAAUUAUUAGAGAAAACUAAUCAUGUUAAAGUUUGGAUUGGUUUCAUUAAAUUUGUACAUUCAAUAAAAGAUAAACAACAACAAAAACAACGACAACAACAACAAGAGGAAGAUGGUGAUUCAAAUACUACUAAAAAAGAUGGUGGUGAUGAUGAUAAUAAUGAUGAUAUUAAUAAACCAACUAGGGAAAUUUUCAUUGAAGCUCAUAAAUCAUUAUCAAACUCUGAUAAAGAGGAGAGAUUAUUAUUAUUGGAAAGUUGGAAAGAAUUUGAACAAACAUUUGGUAAUCAAGAAACUUUGAAUCAAGUCCUUAAAAAGAUUCCACAAAGAGUUAUCAAAAGAAGAAGUGAUGGUAAUGGUGGUAUUGAAGAAUAUUUCGAUUAUAUCUUCCCUGAAGAAGAAAAAUCAACUCAAACCUCUUUGAAAUUAUUAGAAGCUGCUCAAAGAUGGAAGAAAUUAAAACAGCAACAAGAAUUACAAAAACAACAAGAAUUACAAAAACAACAACAAGAUUCUUAA